GGGCGUGUGCGGGGGAUCAUGACGUCAACCUCAGACAGAUCUCAGCGCGUUCGAUCACGGAGCGUUCCAAAGUUUGAAUGGCUAGUGAUUUAAAGCGUCGAUUCCGCAGCCGCUCCACACUACAUGGAACCAGAUAAACGGCUGUUUUAUAUUGGUCCGUGAAAAAGAAUCGUUCCUGCGCAGUGACGUUUUGGUGCUCGAAUGCAUAAUAUCGCGUAGGAGUCACUGUGUGCGCGUUGAACGUUUGCUCUUUGCUUGUUUUCCUUCAUCGCUAAAUGGAGUCACGGGUGGAAUACAGUCGAGAGGAGAUCAACAGUACAUUAUGGGAAGUUCCGAACAAGUACAUUUGCUUAAAGCAGAUCGGAAUGGGAGCUUAUGGCAGCGUGUGCUCGGCCAUUAAUAAUAAAUCCAAAGAGAAGGUGGCCAUCAAGAAGCUGCACCGACCCUUUCAGUCAGAGAUCUUCGCGAAGAGGGCCUAUCGUGAACUGAGGCUGCUCAAACAUAUGAAACAUGAAAAUGUAAUAGGCUUGUUAGACGUCUUCACUCCUGCCUCCAGACUGGACGACUUCCAAGACUUCUACCUGGUGAUGCCAUACAUGUACACAGACCUCUCUAAAGUCAAGGGCAUCCUUACAGAAGACCGUAUCCAGUUCCUGGUCUAUCAAAUGCUGUGCGGACUAAAGUACAUUCAUGGUGCUGGCAUCAUUCACAGAGACCUCAAACCAGGAAACCUGGCUGUGAACCAAGACUGUGAGCUGAAGAUCCUGGAUUUUGGCCUGGCGCGUCAUACAGAAGCAGAGAUGACCGGUUACGUGGUGACGAGGUGGUACCGGGCCCCUGAGGUCAUUCUAAACUGGAUGCACUACACGCAGACAGUGGAUAUCUGGUCUGUUGGGUGCAUCAUGGGUGAAAUGUUCAAUGGAAAAACACUCUUUAAAGGAAAAGACUACAUGGACCAGUUGAUUCAGAUAAUGAAAGUAACCGGGACACCAGGUCCAGAAUUUAUUGAGAAACUAGAAAACCCAGAGGCAAAAAGCUAUGUCAAAUCCCUGCCCCACUAUCCACGCAAAGACUUCUCAACAUUGUUUCCCAGAGCCAGUAAAAAAGCGGUAGAUCUGCUUGAGAUGAUGCUGGUGUUAGAUGCUGAUGCUCGUCUCACUGCUGAUGGUGCGUUGGCACACAAUUAUUUUGAUAGCCUGAGAGACCCAGAGGACUCCCCAGUGCCCACACCAUACGAUGACCGCUAUGACAACGCCACAUUGCCCUUAGAAGAGUGGAAAUGUUUAUCGUUUAAAGAAGUGAGGAGCUUUGUUCCUUUCCCAAGAAGGGACUCAAAGAGAAGAAACACACUCACAAUGUCCUAGUAUGGUCUGACAUUAUAUUGUGGUUAUGUGAUUUAGUUUCUGCCGAUGAACAAUUUAGAAUUGUUUAUUUACUCCUAUAAAGUGUAUGAAUAGCAGUAUGUUGUACAAUAACUGACUUCUUAAGGAAUAUGUGGUAUAUCUGGACGUCUGGUGAAUGAACAUUUUAUUUUGAUAUAGUGGUAACUGUCCACAUUGUCCACAUUUACAUUUAUUGCCAGUAUGCAUGUUACCUUAAGCGAUCAUUUGCUCACCCUCACACCAUUUAUACAGAAUUUAUUCCAUCCCUGUGCUCUUUCAGACAACUCGUGCGCCAUAUUCAAAGUCAUCUAAAGCCAUAUGAGAGCUUUUUGAGGGGAAGAAACAAACCUAAAUUCUCUAAUUAUUUUACACAAAAAAGAAAAUAAUUUUAGAUGAUAUGAGGGUGAAUAAAUGACGACAGACUUUUUAUGUUUAGUAAACUAUCCUUAAGUGCUAUCUGAUUUAAAAAGGAUAGCCUUGUACGAUUUUAUGUAUUUUAGUGUUAUGGAUCUUAAAGGUCAAGUAUUUCACAAUCAGUAUACCGUUAAAAAGUUUGGGGUAAGGGAAUUAUUGUUUUUUUUUUUUUUAUGUACUGUAAUACUCGUUUUCAACAAGGAUGCAUUAAAUUGACCAAAUAUAUACAUUACAUUUAUAAUGUUGCAAAAUAUAUAUAUAUUUUUUUUUUAAGAAUUUCUGUUAUUUUGAACUUUCUAUUUAUCAGAGAAUCUUUAAAAAAAUUGUUAGUCUUACUGACCCCGAACUUUUGAAUGGUAGUGUAAAAAAAAUAUAUAUAUAUAUAAUAUACACACACACACAAAGAUUUGUAUACAAAAGUAUAAUGAAUUGUUGGGGAUGCAUAACGGACACUGUUACUGACUUCAGUUUAACACUUAAAGAAAUGAGCCUUAGUAUUGUGACUUGUUUAUUUAAAGUCAAGAUGAAAUGGCAAUGGUUACCCAUUUUAAUCUGCCAUAUUUCUGAGUGAAGCCAGGUAUGCUUCUAGAAAAAAAAAUUCUGGCGGUGUCUGCUUUUCUAGCAGGACCUUUAUCCAAGUGGGACUUUUAGUGAAGUGGGUGUUAAAAUUACAUAGCAAAAUGAAACCAGGUGGUUAAAGGGGAGGGAUUUAGAAAUGGUGUGUUAGGGGAAAUUAUCACAUUUUACUGAAUGAUUACAGAGACAAACAUUUCUUUUUUUGGAGUAACAUGCACAACAAAUUUUUCACAAGACGAAGAAUGUGUAUUCAGAAAGUACAAAUGGUCCAUUCUAAUUUCAUAUUGACUUUAAGGCUUUUGUUUGUUACCUUCAAAUCCUUUGAAAGGUGUGACAGGAUGUUUAGCUUGUGGAAGUGAUUUACGGUCCAUGACAAAUGGCACCAAGCAAGGUUGUGAGUAGCACAUCAGUGUGAGAUUUCCAGGAUCUGACUUAUUUUUCACAUUUUACUGUUCUCUUUGGCUUUAGUACUGUAUUUUGUUUCUUGUAUGUAAUAAUGUAUGCCUUAACUCAACUGUACCAAUAUACCCAUGUCUCGAAUAGCCUACAGAAAAUGUUAUUUCCUCUCAUGUAAACUGUGUUCGUCCACCUCGGAUGGGUUUGUGAUCAUGUUUGCUGAUAUAAAUGUUAAUGUUUCGUUUAUCUAGUAA